UUUGUUGACAGUUGACAGUAUAACAAAAUACCGACGCCAUUAUUUUGUUUGUUCUCUUGUUUGAAAAUUUUAUCUAGAUUCAUCCUCAAAUAUACGGAUUUAAUUUGUAUUCUAAAUAGCAUUUUUUUGUGAUCAUCUACAAACAUGUCUAUCGGUGUGCCUAUUAAAGUACUUCACGAGGCAGAGGGUCAUGUAGUGACCUGCGAAACUAAUACCGGCGAAGUUUAUCGCGGAAAGCUAAUAGAAGCCGAGGAUAACAUGAAUUGCCAGAUGACUCUGGUGACAGUGACCUACCGCGAUGGACGCGUUGCCCAGUUGGAGAAUGUGUAUAUCAGAGGCUCAAAGAUCCGAUUUCUGAUAUUACCGGACAUGUUGAAGAAUGCCCCUAUGUUCAAACGACAAGGGAAUAAACCAACCGCCGGUCGCGGCAAGAGUGCUAUAUUGAGGGCACAAGCUGCGGGUCGAGGCCGGCCGGGCGGGCGCGGCGGCGGCGGGCACCGCGGCGGCUGGCAGGGCGGCUCGGGGCCCUCGAGACGCUAGGGCUGAGCCGAGUACAAACUGCUAAUUUUAGGCUAAAAUCUUUUAAUUUGUAGUUAAGAUAAGUCAGUCUUGUAUAUAAUUCCGUGUGAUGUGUUUGGGUAUUUUAGGUGGAUCGAAAAAAAGCCCUAGUUAAUAAUUUUUAUAAUAUAAUGCAAUAUUUUGGCAUCAAGCAAAAAACAGUAACUUGCUCGUGAAAAUCUUUCGACUAAUGUCUUCAGCUAAAUAGAGUUGCGCCUAGGAUAGUAAUGGGUUAUGGAACAUUUAAUGUUUUCAAAGAAAGAAUUAAGUGAGACAUAUAUUGUAGUGGGUAUAUAACGUUGAUGAUUAUUUGGACUUUUCUGUUGAUAUUGGUCAUACGUGAACCGAUUUAUAUAAAACAAUAAAAUUUUCGACUAGUUGACGUCAUGGACGGAAUGACAUUCUGUUAACUUGAUUGAAUGGGCAAGGAAAUAAGUUCAUGAGUUAACUAGUCGACGUUGACGGGAUAUGUAAACGCGUGAACGAACGAACUAACCGAGAAUGAAGAUGUUCAUGAGUUAACUAGUCGACGUUGACGGGAUAUGUAAACGCGUGAACGAACGAACUAACGCCUAGUCAGUCGCGCUGCGCGUGAUUGGUACCGAGAAUGAAGAUGUUCACAAGUAAACUAGUUCAUCAUUCAACUUUAAAUUAGUCUAAUGGUUAAUAAAAGAUAAACGGUUGAAAUAAACAAUUCGUUCAUUUAACACCCAUCCCUAUUUUCCACCAGGAACAGUCUGAAAUUGUAUCCAUCCACCUACUUUGCCUGUUAUAUGUUAAGAUCCUGACUAAGCACACACGUCAUAUCUUUAAAAACCCAUUGUGAAUUUGCUUCAUAAGAUAUAUAUUCUUAAAGAAAUACUCCUUAAGUGAGAAUGAUAUAUCAUGGAGUGCAGGUAGCAUUGUGUGAACAGUGUGAUGUUUUGAGGAUGGAAAUAUAUGUUAUGACCAGCCGCA